AUGAGAUCUCACGCGUUGCUCGCAUUGGUCUUGUGCCUCUUUGCAGCAUUCGCCGCUGCCUGGACCAAAGAGGACCACGAAAUCUUCCGCAUCCGUGACGAGGUCGCCAAAGCAGACGGUGCCAACAUCACCUUCUACGAUCUCCUCGGCGUCAAGCCCAGCGCGUCCCAAGACCAAUUGACCAAGGCCCUCCGCAAGAAGUCGCGCGAACUCCACCCGGACAAGGCCCGCAAGAACUUUGUUACCGAAUAUGCGAAGACCAACCCAGCGGGAAAGAAGCCGUCCAAGAAGGAGACCGACGCGCACCUGAAGAAGGUCACCGCCGCUUACCAGCGUCUCUCGGUCGUGGGAAAGCUGCUCAAGGGUCCUGAGCGCGAGCGCUACGAUCACUUCUUGAGGAACGGCUUCCCAGCAUGGAGGGGCUCUGGCUACUACUACGAGCGCUUCCGCCCUGGCCUCGGCUCCGUCAUCUUCGGUCUACUCGUUGUUCUUGGUGGAGGCUUCCACUACUUCGCCCUGGUCAUGGGAUGGAAGCGCCGCAGGGACUACGCCGAGAGGUUCGUCCGCCAGGCGCGCAAGACUGCUUGGGGUGACGAGAGCGGUCUUCAGGGCAUUCCUGGUGUUGAUGCUGGUGCUGCCCCCGUGAACGCCCAGCAGUUCGAGAACGAAACCGCCGAAGAGACCCCUGAGGAGGUUGGCCCACGCAACCGUCGCGAGCGACGCGCCAUGGAGAAGGAUGCGAAGAAACCCAAGAAGGCGCAAGCUGCCAAGAAGGCGCGCGACGACGGCAUCAGCACCCCGGUCGAGGCAGAGGUCAUCUCCGGUCCCCAGGGAGCCAAGAAGCGCAUCGUCUCUGAGAACGGCAAAAUCCUAGUCGUUGACUCCGUCGGCAACGUCUUUUUGGAAGUUGAGAACGAGGAUGGCAUGAAGGGCGAAUACCUUGUCGACCCCGACGAGGAGCCCCAGCCCACCAUCUACGACACCCUCCUAUUCAAGCUCCCCAUGUUCGCCUACAACCAAACCGCCGGCCGCAUCCUCGGAAAGAAGGAAUUGCUCGACAAGCCACUGGUCGAGACAUCCAACCUGACUGAAGAGGAGGCCGCCAUCCAGAACGCCACCGCGCCCAACCUCAAUGGCGAGGCGAGGAAACGCAAGGCCAUGGCCAAGAAGGCGAGGUAG